AUGAACUGGGACACUGCUAGAAAGUGGUGCACGGAGCACUACACUGACAUGGUGGCCAUCCAGAACCGUGGAGAGAUCUCCCACCUUAACAGCAUCCUGCCCAGGCAGACCAACUAUUACUGGAUAGGGAUCCGUAAGGUGGACGACAUGUGGACCUGGGUGGGGACCAAUAAGACCCUGACUAAAGAGGCAGAGAACUGGGCAGACGGGGAACCCAACAACGGGGGGAACAACGAGGAUUGUGUGGAGAUGUACAUCAAGAGAGGACAGAGGGAAAUGGAACGACGUUCGUGUAUGAAGAAGAAGAUGGCUCUGUGCUUCACAGCCUCGUGUCAGAGCGACUCAUGUUACCAUGGAGUGUGUGUGGAGACCAUCAACAGCCACCGCUGUAAAUGCUUUGAGGGCUCCUACGGAGAGCAGUGUGAACACGUGGCCUUAUGCAGUGAGCUGUAUGAACCUGGGAAGGGUUCCAUGGCCUGCUCCCAUCCCCUGGGCUCCUUCAGCUACCUGUCCACCUGUACCUUUACCUGUGAGGAGGGCUAUGAGAGGCUGGCCUCCAGCUCUGCUACCCUGCAGUGUGGAGCCUCGGGACAGUGGAACGACUCACAGCCGCAGUGUGUUGCUGUAAGCUGCCCUACCCUCCAGCAGCCACAGGAUGGCGAUAUCACCUGUGGAGAAGACUUCACCUAUGGAAGCAGCUGUAACUUUAGCUGCUCUGAGGGUUAUCUCCUAAAGGGGGCGAUCACGGUGACCUGCACAUCAGCUGCUGAGUGGAGUGAGAAGAUACCACACUGUGAAGCUGUCCAGUGCCUCUCUCCUGUGGUUCCUCUGGGAGGUCAGGUCAGUUGUGAGGCCCCCUCACAUCCCUGGGGCUCUGUCUGCAACUUCAGCUGUGAUGAGGGCUAUGAUUACCAGGGGACCCCAAACAUGCAGUGUUCACCAUCAGGGAAGUGGAGCGCUGACACACCUACCAGCACAGACACAAUCAAACUGAAUAUUCUGUGA